AUGGUUAAUGAGACGCUCAACCUGUGUAACAACCUCACCAGCAGCAGCUGCGGCAGUAACAACCUCACCAGCAGCAGCUGCGGCAGUAACAACCUCUCCAGCAGCAGCUGCGGCAGUAACAACCUCACCAGCAGCAGCUGCGGCAGUAACAACCUCACCAGCAGCAGCUGCGGCAGUAACAACCUCACCAGCAGCAGCUGCGGCAGUAACAACCUCACCAGCAGCUGCGGCAGUAACAACCUCACCAGCAGCUGCGGCAGUAACAACCUCACCAGCAGCAGCUGCGGCAGUAACAACCUCACCAGCAGCUGCGGCAGUAACAACCUCACCAGCAGCAGCUGCGGCGGUGGCACAACCUCACCAGCAGCGGCUGCGGCGCAGCAGCUGCGGCACAGUAACAACCUAGCCACCAGCAGCUGCGGCAGUAACAACCUCACCAGCAGCAGCUGCGGCAGUAACAACCUCACCAGCAGCAGCUGCGGCAGUAACAACCUAGCCACCAGCAGCUGCGGCAGUAACAACCUAGCCACCAGCAGCUGCGGCAGUAACAACCUCACCAGCAGCAGCUGCGGCAGUAACAACCUCACCAGCAGCAGCUGCGGCAGUAACAACCUAGCCACCAGCAGCUGCGGCAGUAACAACCUAGCCACCAGCAGCUGCGGCAGUAACAACCUCACCAGCAGCAGCUGCGGCAGUAACAACCUCACCAGCAGCAGCUGCGGCAGUAACAACCUAGCCACCAGCAGCUGCGGCAGUAACAACCUAGCCACCAGCAGCUGCGGCAGUAACAACCUCACCAGCAGCAGCUGCGGCAGUAACAACCUCACCAGCAGCAGCUGCGGCAGUAACAACCUAGCCACCAGCAGCUGCGGCAGUAACAACCUAGCCACCAGCAGCUGCGGCAGUAACAACCUCACCAGCAGCAGCUGCGGCAGUAACAACCUCACCAGCAGCAGCUGCGGCAGUGACAACCUCACCAGCAGCAGCUGCGGCAGUAACAACCUCACCAGCAGCAGCUGCGGCAGUAACAACCUAGCCACCAGCAGCUGCGGCAGUAACAAACUCACCAGCUGCAGCUGCGGCAGUAACAAUCUAGCCACCAGCAGCUGCGGCAGUAACAACCUCACCAGCUGCAGCUGCGGCAGUAACAACCUCACCAGCUGCAGUUGCGGCAGUAACAACCUCACCAGCUGCAGCUGCGGCAGUAACAACUUCACCACCAGCAGCUGCGGCAGAAACAACCUUACCAGCAGCAGCUGUGGCAGUAACAACCUCGCCACCAGCAGCUGCGGCAGAAACAACCUUACCAGCAGCAGCUAUGGCAGUAACAACCUCUCCACCAGCAGCUGCGGCAGUAACAACCUCUGGCAGCAGCUGCGCAGCAGCUGCGGCGGUAACAACCUCACCAGCAGCUGCGGCAGUAACAACCUCGCCACCAGCAGCUGCGGCAGUAACAACCUCGCCACCAGCAGCUGCGGCAGUAACAACCUUACCAGCAGCAGCUGUAACAACCUCGCCACCAGCAGCUGCGGCAGUAACAACCUCGCCACCAGCAGCAGCUGUAACAACCUCUCCACCAGCAGGUGCGGCAGUAACAACCUCACCACCAGCAGCUGCGGCAGUAACAACCUCACCAGCUGCAGGUGCGGCAGUAACAACCUCACCAGCUGCAGGUGCGGCAGGAGCCCCCACUAG